UUUGUGUGGAAAGCACUUUUGAGUUGCAUUCAAUUGUAUGAAAAGUGCUAUACGAAUAAAGCUAUUAUUCUUAGUAUUAUUAUUAUUAUUAUGGUUACCAACAUUAAUCUCGAGGGGUGAUGCUCACGAUCAAACAAACUUCACAAUUUGACAUUGUAUCAAGAUUUCCUUAUGCGGUAAUGUUCAUUUGCAUUCAAUGUGUGAAGUUUUUGAAGAGUUUUAGAGUGAAGCAUUUGGAUGAGUUAUUGGCACAGACACAGGAAUGGGCAUGAUACUGCAUCACUGCCGCCAGCAUCUAAAAUGUUGAAGGGUGCAUCAUAAAAUUAUAGAAGUUUCACCAGAACAAUUAACAAAAAUCUUUUCAAUUGUUGCAGUUCUGAAGUGCAGACAAGCUGACCCAUUAAUAUUCACUCUUACAGAUGCCUAAACAAAGAUGCAAAUAAUGGCGUGUGCCCUUUAAUCUGUGCAAAAGCGGGCCGCAGCGAUGCUUUCUUUGGCGUAGCCCCUGCGGUUUCAUUGUUGCAUGCGCACAGACAAAUAUUGUAGCUUAAAACAUCAAUAUGUGCAUUUCAAAACGAUUAUCAUCACAGAUGUUCAUCCAUGUGUGAGAUUUGUGCACAAAACAGUACAAAUGAAUGCUUCAUUACAGACAAGGUACACUAUGUUGCACCCUGUAAAAAUGAUCAUUUAUUGUACACACGCAGAAUAACCCAGAAGCCACAGAAAUUAUGUGUUAUGCAAGUAGAUUUCUGCUCUGUUGAUUUUACUUGGAACCAGUUGAGAUAAAUGCCAGAAUUGUAUUGACCAGACACUGGCUGGAAUAGUUAGCCUGAAAAUUGUGUCUUCCAUUCUUGGACUGAGUUUUGAAGUCAGGUGAAUUGGAAUAAAUGAAAAGUUUCCUUUGUUAGUGACUGGGAUGAUCAUGACUUACUUCUAGUUCCUAGCAAGUUAUUUGCUGAAAAAUAUCAGUAAUGUGGCAUCAAUUUCACCAAUUAAGCAUUCUGAAUAAGAGAAAAUGAUACAUGUUGAUGACAGGAAGUUUACAUUUGUAACUGUACAAAAUGGUGGUCAAUGUUCUGAAUGGUGUGGCUUGAUGUAGUGAUACUAAAAUAUGCAAAACGGAGGGUGCACAGUCCCAACCAUACAGUGUUGAAUGUAACCAAAGCUUCAUCAGUAAAGGUGAUCCUUGGUUGUCCAGAACAAAACAUUAACCUUAUCAUCUUUGUCUACAGUUGCUGCCUAACCUAUUGAACAUUUCAAAUAUAUUCUGGUUUUCGUAUUAAAUUUGAGUUAACUUAAUAAUUUAAUUUGGUAUUUCCCUCCCAUAAGUCAGCCGAAGUGGAAUGCAGAGGUCCCCUAACCAAGCCUGGUGUACGGCAGCCCCCAAUAAGAGCUUUUAUGGACGACCUUACCAUCACCACAACAUCGGUCCCAGGAAGUAGGUGGAUCCUACAAGUUCUUGAGAAACUUAUGACCUGGGCAAGGAUGAGUUUCAAGCCAACAAAGUCAAGGUCCAUGGUGCUGAGGAAGGGGAAGGUGGCUGACAGAUUCCACAUUUUACUACCCGGAACUGCCAUUCCCUCCAUCACUGAGCAACCUGUCAAGAGUUUGGGGAAGGUUUUUGACACAACUCUGAAAGACUUUGCCGCCAUUCAAAAGUCCAUCAAAGACCUUGCAGCCUGGCUCACCAAAGUCGACAAGUCAGGUCUGCCAGGCAGAUUCAAGGCCUGGAUCUAUCAGCAUUCCAUCCUGCCCUGAGUCCUGUGGCCUCUGCUGGUUUACCCUGUUCCAUUGACCUCAGUUGAGUCCUUCGAAAGGAAGAUCAGCGGCUUUCUCCGCAGGCAGCUUGGCCUUCCCCGCAGCCUCAACAGUGCAGCACUGUAUGGGACCAGUAUCAUCUUGCAGCUCCCAUUCAGUGGCCUUACGGAAGAGUUUAUGGUGGAGCGAACAAGAGAAGCUCUGCAGUACAGGGACUCCAGGGACCAGAAUGUGUCAUCGGCUGGCAUCGAGGUCAGAUCAGGGAGGAAUUAGAGGGCGGAGAAAGCAGUGGAGGUGGCAGAGUCACGCCUAUGGCAAAAGGCAUUGGUGGGAGUCAUGGCAACUGGCAGAGCGGGUUUGGAAUACUUCCCUACUUGGCAAGACCCAGGGCAAGGAGAGACACCAUCUAAUCCAGGAAGAGGUUCGAGCAGGAGUGGAGGAAGAGCGUGUGAGCAGGACGGUGGGGCUCAGGCAGCAGGGAGCGUGGACAAGGUGGGAGAGCACACCGCAGCGCAGGAUUACCUGGUCAAACAUCAUGCAGGCAAACUUCCAGCGCGUUCGGUUCCUUGUCCAAGCUGUCUACGAUGCCCUACCAAGCCCAGCAAACCUCCACGCCUGGGGCAAGAGCGAGACACCUUCCUGCCCACUUUGCUCUGGGAGAGGGUCAUUAGAACAUCUCCUCAGCAGCUGCCCAAAGUCCCCUGGGCAAAGUCGCUAUCGGUGGCAUCAUGACCAGGUGCUCAAGGUGGUUGCUGAAAGCAUAGCCACUGCCAUCGAUAACAGCAAACACCACCACGCCCCAAAGAAAUCAAUCACUUUUGUCAAAGCUGGAGAGAAGCCUCGACCACAACCAAAAACUAGGGCAGGCCUCCUCUACACAGCAACUGACUGGCAGCUGCCCGUCGAUCUGGGCAAACAGCUAAAAUAUCCACAGCACAUCACAGCAACAUCACUCCGACCAGACAUGAUCAUCACCUCCGACGUGACAAAACAGCUGAUUGUUCUGGAGCUGACAGUGCCCUGGGAAGAGCGCAUUGAAGAGGCUAAUGAGAGGAAAUGCGCAAAGUACCAGGAACUGGUGGAGAUGUGCCAGGACCGCGGCUGGAAGACAUACUAUGAGCCCAUAGAGGUGUUGCAGGAUGCUCACUCUGUAGAGGCUUUGCAGGAUGCUCACUCUGCAAAGUCCUCAACCAGUUGGGCAUUACGGGGCUGGCAAAGCAGAGGGCCGUUCAAUCCGCAAGCGAAGCCGCAGAUAAGGCCACUAGGUGGCUUUGGAUUAAGAGGGCUGAUCCGUGGGCGGUUGCUGCUGGGAGGCAAGUCGGGGCUUAAUCAACCCCGGCUGGGUCGCCUGGGCGAGGGUGUCUGAUGUCGUGAGACCCGAAACACCCGAUGACCCCAGGACACAUCACUGAGGAUGCGUCCCAGCGCAUCUAGAAGAUGUUUCUUUCACACAGUUUGCUAUUUCCCUCCCAUAAGCUAGAAAAUCAAAUCCCAUCUGCUGCAAAACUCUGGAUUCGCGAGGUUGCAAGAAUAUAAAUGAAACAAUUAUUGUACCAAAAUCGAAAAAAAUAUUGUUAAGUGAAUCUUCAACAAUGAUAGCAUAAAAAGGCAGAAAUUUAGAACAGAUUUUUCACGUCAGAGAAGAGGAGAUAAAUCAGUCUGGGGUUAGUGAUGUUUAGCUUCUCAGUUCAGAUAAUGAUUGUUUCAUGUUCAUGUUUCAGAAUCUUAGCGUAACAGUUUUUCAUUCAUCUGUUUGAUUUUAGUUUGAGAAGUUGAAUU